AUGUCGAUACUCGUCCAGAAGGGUCGAAUGGGCUGCGCGGUCAUGCAGUGGGACGAGCAGCGCAUCCUCCUCCUCGAGGGGGUCGCGCUCGAGCAGGCGGGUACGGAUGCAGUGCCGGCAGUCGAGCCGAACUCGACCGACGAUGGCGACCAGAGCGAGGCAGAUCGCGCGGCCGGCCUCGGGGAAGACCACCACGACCUUUUCCAGAUGCUGAUCCUGCAAUAUCGGCCAGAGACGAUCUUGAUCCCUGCACAGGCGGGCGACACGAUCGUCGACAGCCUCGAGCGAUCGGCCUGGCUCGUGGGGUCUCGCAUCCAGACGCGGCCUCUGAACGACUUCAGCUUUGCCAUUGCCAGCGUUCAGCUCAAGGCGCUCCUAAACGAGGCCGACGACGUUCAAGAGGAGCAGGGAGGCGCAGAGCAACGAGCCCGCUCUUAUGCCGCGGCCCUCAGGCUGAGCUCGCGCAUCGACCUGGUCCGAUCGCAGAUUUCGGUCUCGGCGGCAGCCCCGCUGCUGCAAUCGAUCAAGGGCGACCGAGACAUGCCGCACAGGGUCAACAUCGAGGUCCUCUUCCUCGACAGCGUGCUCGGCGUGCCCGAGGACACCAUCCAGGCCCUCUCGAUUUUCGACCAGGAGUCUCACGCGUCGAUCCAUGCCCCUAAGGGCCGCGAGGGGCUGUCGGUCAUGACGCUUCUGUCGCUCAACAGCUCACGCCAUUCGCUAGCGACGCUGCGCCGAUGGCUCAUGUUCCCGCUUCGCACGGCCGACGAGAUUCAAGAGCGGCUGGACGCAGUCGAGGCUUUAACGCGCGACGACGAGCACCAGCAGCUGGCCGACGUCCGCACCCAGCUGUCCGCUCUCGCCAACGUACCCAGGCUGGUGGCUGCGAUGCUCAAGGGGCUCAGCAGCCUCUCGAGCUGGGACAAGCUGAAUAAGCUCCAGCAUCGUGUCGACAUAACCGUCAUCGAGGAGCUUGUUCAGCAGAUCAACGGCGCGAUUGACUGGGAGGACAGGUGCGCCGAAUUGCCCGAGGUGUCACGACUGCGGCGCGCCCGGCUCGGAAGUGACGCUCCUCUGCACCCCGUCUGGGCCGAAUCGACAAUUAGCAAAGGACAGGGGCGGGUGACCCUGCGCAGAGGCAUCGACGUCCAGCUCGACGAGCUGCGGGAGGCGUAUGCUGGCCUGCCGGACCUGCUGGAUCGCGUCGCCCUCGACCUACGCCGCGAACCCGCCUUUUCUGCCAGCUCGAGCCUACACGUCGUCUACUUUCCUCAAAUUGGCUACCUCAUCGUCGUGCCCACGGGCGACCCGGUCCUGCUGGACCAGGACCCGACCCUGGCGCACCAGUUCUCGAGCGACAACAGGUAG